AUGGCUCCUGUUGCCCACCACGACAUCGACGUGGAAAGCCACACUUCGGGCCAGGACUCUCCCCUGCGCCGACAAUUCUCCGAACCUAUGCACCCUCAUUCUACCUCUACCCAGGACUCUCCUGCCCCUGUCAUGCACAAAGUCAAGUGUGACUGGUGUGGCAAAUAUUUUGAAACCCCUGAAGAUGAUGCUGAGUCUCAGAGCGAGGCCCUCAAAGAACACAUUGCUUCUGUGCAUCCCCACAUCGCUAAGUUUGCCAUGUAUGAUGGCGCGGCCGAUGAUGAGGCAGAAGAUAGCCAUUUGAACGACAGUGACGAGAAUGAUGAAUAUGAAGAUGGCGAUGAACCUGAAGCCGAAGGUGACGGUGACGGUGAAGGCGAAGGCGAAGGCCAUGAGGCCGAAUCUGAUCUUGCUCUAUCCAACCAGCUCCAUGAAUUCUCUCGUGAGGAAGAUUCGGUAUCCGUGGAGAAGCGUCUUCACAACCUGUGGAAUAUCCACGAUCCAUGCCAGUUUUCCAAGGAAUAUAACGAAACCACCGUCCAUCUAGAUCAGUCUUGGGAAAAUGUCUUCCGUGACCCCAAACGCACCAAAAAACGUGGUGCAUCCGAGAUUCUUGGACGACCUGCUCCGUACAAAAAGUCCAAGGUCAACAAGGGUGAAUACCUUGAAAUUACGCCUCUCGAAGACCUUUUAGUCCAGCUUCGCGACCCUGAGACGCGCUCUGUUGAUGAACUCUACGCGAUCACCGAAAAUGUUGCCCAUGCGCUCAAGGCGUGGCAGGAUGAGCACUUGGCGAUCGACAAGCUUCACAAACUUGCGACUCGACACAAUGCUAAGCCGACUACUGACCCAAGGAAGCUUGAUCGGCCUGAAGUCUAUCAAGAUAAGAAAGAGGCAAUGCUUUAUGGAUACAAGCACGACCCAAGAGAGGACAAGGUCCGCAACCAAAACCCGUUCACCCAGGGUGGUUUCAAGCCGACUCCCGCCCAGGCUAGAAAGAUGCUUGCCAAAGCUGGCCCCAACAAUCUCAACCCCGACGGGUGGCCCGCGAUCAAGAAAAAUGGUGUUGAUCAUGUACCCAUGUUCCAGAACCCUCCGCGGGAGGAAUUUGUUGGCAAGGCGACUCGCAAGCGCAAGGCUGCUGAGAUGGAAGCCAGCCGGCCUACCGAAGCUGACGAUGCUGCUCUUGAAGAGACUCCCGCUACUCCCGAGGCCGAAGAACCCAUGCCGAAACGCCGAACUCGUGGUCGUCGCGUCACAACGGAGGCGGACCAGACAGAGCCUGCCUCCGCAGCUCCUGCUUCUACUCGAGGCUCUGGAAGAGGCCGCGGACGGGGCCGUGGUCGGGGAGGUAGCCGUUUGCCUUCACGCGCCGCCUCAGAGACUCCUCAGCCUGCUACUCCAGCUCCUGCUGUGCCAGCCCGCUCCACUGGCCGCGGAGCGUCCUCCGCCAAAUCGACGACCAACCAUGUACCGUUGCAGGCAGGCCCGGCCCUCGCGCCAGCCAAUGCAGCUCAAUCGAUGCCCAUCAUCGAACCGGCGCCCAGCAGUGGCCCAGCACUUGCUCCUCCCAGCACGCAGGUGGGAACUACCUUGUCCAACGAGACGAUCGACCCAGUCGAACUGGCCCGGCGCGAAAAGAUUGCCAACUCCAAAAACCCUAAACGCACAGAGGCCAUGCUCAACCACUGGGCCCGUUUCAAUCGGGAGGGCAGGAUUCGCAACCCCAAGCGAACUAAAGUCCAAAUUGAAGCUGCUCGAGUGGCAGACGCCGCCAAGAAGGCGACCGAGCCUCCCAAGACUGUUGGACGAAAGAAAUCCAGUCCGGUCUUUGGAGGCCCAAGAGACGCAGGUAUCGCACCAGCGCCAGCGCCUGCACCUGCACCAACACCAACUGCACCACCGGCACAUUCAUACCCAUCUCUACCACCUCCUUCAUCGGCUUCUCUGCCACCCCCCGGCCCUCCCGGUCCUCACCAUCCCCAGCUGGCCCCGAUCCCGCCACCUCCCUCCCGGGGGUCGAUUGCGCCUUAUGCGCCCAUUGACCCCCGGGCUGUGGCGCCAUUUCCAUCGGUUCCGGGCCCUUAUGGACCUCUUCAGCAGCCGCCGCCCCAGAUCCCCUACCAAACACCAUACCCCGAGCAUUUCAUGCCUUUUGGGGCGACGGCUGCUCCAGGAUUGCCUCCACCAGGCCACACGCGGCCUGCAUGA